CUAAUCGGUGUUUCUUGGUACAGGAAAUGAACUGAUAUUCAUACUUACUAACGGUCACCACAUGGAACUCCGGGUAGAUCUUGAAACAUUUGGUGGUGAAAAAGCUUAUGCCAAAUACAGUAACUUCUUAGUACGUAGUGAGAGAGAAAACUUCAGGUUAACGUUUGGGUCCUAUCUUGUAAACGCUGGAGACUCAUUGACUGGAAGAGCCCACAAUUCUGAAUUUUCCACUUUUGAUAGGGACAAUGACAAAAAAACUACAAGCUGCGCUGUUGACUACGACAGUGGUGGGUGGUUUAAAGAUUGUUUGAAUGCAAACCUGAACGGCCCCUAUGUACCAGGUGGUGAAACCUCACCUUGGAAAGGGUUCAUUUGGGAAGGUUUUAAAGGUUCAAAAGAAUCUUUGAAAAAAAGUGAGAUGAAGAUUCGACCGGAAAUGUAGCCAUAUUGCUGUACGUGAUUAUCUUCAAGUUGUUAACGAUGUUAGUUUAUUAGAAAGGACGGAUGUAACAUUAAUCUGUUUUGAAAAUUACAAUUUUAAUCGGGGAAAAUUACUUUACACUUCAAACUUUCUCAGGAGGUAAAAACUUGGUCAUCAUUGUCUGUAAGAGUUCUUGUUUUUGACCAUAAUGCAGUGAAAGUUUUGUAUCUAAAACACCAAUUUUACAAUGAUAAGCAUAUUUGUUUAUUUGACGUAUAAAAGAUAAUAACGUGAAAUAUAGUUUUAUGUGGAAAAUAAGAAUUACACAUAGGUAGUAACUAUAUAUACUUGUUUGUACAAUUGUAUUGUCGUAAUUACGUAAUAAAGGUAGUAACUAUA